UUCUAGCUGUUAACCUCCAAGCACACAAAUGCUGGACUCGUCAAUAUGCGGACGGCAGAGAAGUGCGUCUAACGGGAGACAAAGCCUGAAAAUGUUUGGCAAGUACGGGGUGAUGAUCAUGCUCUUCUCGGUGUUUGCAUGGAUACACACUUACGACGCACACCCGCAAGUGAACGUAUCCUGUGUGAGAAGCGAGGGUAUUCACCCAGGUUUUUUCAGUGAGCCUGUGGGUUCCCCGUCUGCGAUGCGAAACCUCCUGGUAUCGCUUAUUGAAAGCUGUGGCACCCGCGUUGCACACUCUGAACUACUGCUGAAUAUCAGUUGGGCCAUCAACAUAGAUAAAAGCAAUGUCUACCUCACUGGUACAUGGCUCAACAUUAACGAUGAUUCUUUCUGCUGUGAGUAUCACCCUCCAUUCAGUGCAGUGAAUACGUCAGGCUACGAGAAGCUAUGGUUCCAUUUUACUGAGUUUGUUGCAGAACCAGAAAAUGACUACUUUAUCACCGGGUACAACCUCCCUUAUCCAAUGAUUGGAAGUGACUCUGUUUCAAAGACAGUCGUGUUUGAAACAAGUGGUUGUGACACAGAAAAAAUGAAAUAUUGCGAGUCCUGUAUUAAAAAAGGAUCUCUCUGGGAACCUAAUAUAACCACAGCUGUUUUAAAAAAUGAAGUAAAAUUAAAUUUUACUUCAAGCCCAUACAUUAAAAGGUACCUGAUACAGUUGUUGAGAUUGAGUGGGGGAGAAGAAAAGAUCAUCAAUGCAAAAGAGUGUUAUACAGGGAGUGAUGAGUCCAGAUGGUCUGAAACCCUGAACUUCACGGGGCAUUGUGAAUCUCUCAUGGUUGUGGUGGAGCCAGGCUUCGACACAAACCGCCCUCAGUUCUCUGUUGAAGUCUCCUGCAGCAUGAAAGAGUCCUUGGUGUCAGAUAACCGUACUUGCUGCACGUCUUUGUGGAUCGGAAUCAGCUGUGCUACUGCUGCUGUGGUGUUAUUAGCGGCCUGUGUGUCUGCACUGUGUAAAGCGCGCAGCACUUACUCGCAAUUCCCCAAACUAUUGGAGGACAGUGGCCACGUCUCGGUCCUCAUCAUCUAUCCAGCGAAGAACUGCGCUUUCCAGCGGGCAGUAGUCACCUUGGCCGAGUUCCUAACGUCGCACUGCUGCUGCAAUGUCAUCAUAGACGUGUGGCAGAGGAGGAGCGUUGCUGAGAAAGGCCUGCUUCGCUGGCUGACCGAGCAUAUGAAGUCUGCAGAAAGGGUGGUCUUCGUGACCACCCAGGGCCGAGGCAACACUGGGGGCAGGCCGGACUCGGACCUGGCUGAUUUCACAGUUCCAGCCUCUGUGGAUGACAUGUUCUCCUUAGCUCUCAACAUCCUUGCCAGUCAGGCCAAGGAAGGGCUGGGCUGCAGCAAGUAUUUCACUGUGCACCUCGGUGAGGACAUGGAUCUAAAGAGCCUCCCUGUGACUUUAACCAUGUGUAGAUCAUUCAGGUUGAUGACAGAUUUGGAUAAGUUCUGCAGACAACUUCAUGAGAAUCUUUCCAGAAGAACAAUUAACUUUCCUUUCAUUGACUCCAAGUUAGGGUUACUGCAGGGUCAAGAUAAUACUGCAGAACUUAGAGAUGCAAUAAAAGAACUGCAGACAUGGGAAGACAAAGUCUAAGGUUGUCAGAGUUGCCAACUUUGGCAUGAGGUAGAGAGAAGUCUGCACACACAUUACCAUCUAUGGAAGAGUUUUAGUACCUUGUAAAUAGUCUGUAGGGUUUGCAAACGUCCCAAAGCUUUUGAUGUAGCUAAUUUUAGGUUUAAAAUGGAAUAAUAUAGAUUUGCUGUAAGAUGUCUUGCAUUAGCGUGAGAGUCUGAAAGUUGAGUGUUACGCCAGGUGCGAGAGGCUUGGCAGCGCUGGGUUUUACAGGUGAAUGUCUUGUGAAUGACUGCACUUCAGUGACACUGCAGGUCUCACCUGACCAAGAAAUUAUGAGUAUGUAUUCACUUUAUUUCCUCCAUUUUUAUUUUCAUAUCCAUUUAUUUCCUCAGAAAUAUGAUGAAAAACAGAAAGAUUGAUAGACAUACAACUGGAUGGUGCUGUAUAUUGUGAACUGUUUGUUGUUUCACAGAGGUCAGAGUAUGAACGUUGUAACUCUCUUUAUGGACAUUUCAAUACAUAUUGUUUAUCUUUGAUAUGCAUGAUGUAAUAUUUACCUGGAGAUUCAUAUGAUUUUCUUAUAUAUGUAAUUUAAACACUAUGCAAAAAGUCAUUUUAUUGUACUUGCCGAGUAACAGCUUGCUUUACCUUAUUGUACUUUUUUUAUUGUGCUUUCCAAAUAAAGAAGGUAAUAAAGUCA